UCAUCUCCAGGAAGUGGUUGUAACAGUCAAUGGCGGAAACCGUAUUCGUUUGACUUGUUCAAGUCAGAGUUCGACGUCUAUGCCGAGCAUUUUAGGCGUAUUUUUCAAAAACGCCAACGCAUUUAGCCAAGUAGCAGAAACCUUGGCAACAUGGUGGGCUAUGACCCCCGGGCACAGAAGUUACCGCUUCGUGCCCAGGAGGCAGCCCUGGCGGGGUCGGCUGCUGGCAUGGUCACCCGAGCCGUCAUCAGCCCUUUGGAUGUCAUUAAAAUUCGAUUUCAGCUUCAGAUUGAGAGUGUGUCUUCUACAACCCCAGGAGGGAAGUACUGGGGAUUACUUCAGGCGGCACGUUGCAUUCGCACAGAGGAGGGCCUCGCUGCUUUUUGGAAGGGCCAUGUUCCCGCACAGUUGCUCUCCAUCUGCUAUGGAGCAGUGCAGUUUACUACUUUUGAGUUUCUGACCAAGGCAGUGCACGACACUACGCCCUUUGACAGCCAGACAUCCGGAGUGCACUUUCUGUGCGGAGGCUUGGCCGCCUGCUCUGCCACGGUGACGUGUCAGCCUCUGGACACGCUCAGGACGCGCUUUGCCGCCCAGGGAGAACCCAAGUUGUACAAGAACCUGACAGACGGUGUGCGUACAAUGUGGCGCUCGGAGGGCGUGCUGACAUUCUACCGCGGCCUCUCGCCAGUGCUCAUCGCUGUGUUUCCUUACGCCGGCAUGCAGUUCUUCUUCUACAACGUCUUCAAAAGGCUGCUGGCGCCACCUCCGUCCGCUGGCAAAUCGAGAGAAAGCCUCAGGAGUAUUGUGUGUGGCAGUGCAGCCGGAAUGAUUAGCAAAACAGUCACAUACCCGUUGGACCUGUUUAAGAAGAGACUACAAGUUGGAGGUUUUGAGGAGGCCAGAAUUCAGUUUGGACAGGUGCGACGUUACCGAGGCUUAGCAGACUGUGUGGCGCAGAUCUCCAGAGAGGAGGGCGUACGAGGCUUCUUUAAAGGCCUCUCUCCCAGCCUGCUCAAGGCGGCCCUGUCCACCGGCCUCACAUUCUUCUGCUACGAAUUGUUCCUCAAUGCGUUCCGAGACCUCAAAGACCUCAAUGGACGUGCGGCGGCAAGAUAGCUAAGGUGGGCGGGAAGUAGUCACAGCCACUUCCUGUUGAGUUUACAAAAUGGAGGUUGCAUGCUACAUGGAAAACAUUUAUUUAUUCUAUUAUGUCUUUCGGAGAAUACUCUGAUGGGUUUAUUUUGAUAUUAAACAGAACUUUGCACAUCUGAA